CAACACAAUUUCAAUUAAGCAGCAACCCAAUCAUGUCCACCACACUCUUCCGCACUUCCCAAGCAGCUCGCUCUGCUCUCCGAGCUGGAGCUUCCAAGCGGGCUGGUGCUAUGGCAAGCACCAGCUUCGUUCGGGGCAAGGCCACUCUCCCCGACCUCCCAUACGACUAUGGCGCGCUCGAACCCUCUAUCUCCGGUAAGAUCAUGGAGCUGCACCACAAGAACCACCACCAGACCUAUGUCAACGGCUUCAAUGCCGCGUCCGAGCAGUUCGCAGCCGCAGAGGCAAAGCAGGAUAUCCAGGCCCAGAUUGCCCUGCAGCCAUUGAUCAACUUCCACGGAGGCGGUCACGUCAACCACACACUUUUCUGGGAGAACCUUGCGCCCAGCAAGCAAGGUGGUGGUGGCGAGCCCACCGGAAAAGUCAAGACGGCGAUUGAGGCAGCCUACGGCGACUUCUCCUCAUUCAAGACCAAAUUCAACACCGCGCUGGCCGGCAUCCAAGGCAGUGGCUGGGCGUGGCUCGUGAAGGACAAUGAGACAGGCCAGGUGCAGAUCCGGACAUACGCCAACCAGGACCCGGUGGUGGGCAAGUACACCCCGCUCUUGGGUAUCGAUGCGUGGGAGCACGCUUACUACCUGCAGUACCAGAACCGCAAGGCCGAGUACUUUGCGGCGAUCUGGGAUGUCAUCAACUGGAAGACGGUAGAGCAGCGAUUGAAGUAG